GUGUCGAUCGCAUUGCUCAGUAAGUUCAAGCUUUCAAUUGCACUCGCUCAGAAUUAUACACUAUGUCCGACAAAGUACGCCCAACCAAACUCAAAUUCAAAGGGGAGAAAACAAAAAAGAAGCGCAAGCGUGAAGACUCUGAGGAGGGUGGAAGCAGUCGACGUCGUCGCAAGGACGAAGACGAGGAAAGCGCAGACAGUUGGGUCUUGCCAGAGCAACCGAAUGAUAUACGUGGACCGACGUAUAUCUUGCAUCCAUCAGAUCCCUCGCCAAUAUGUAUCACCUAUGAUUCGACUCGCGGUCGCGUUGUCCUGCAUUCGGUCGACAAGGAUAAGACAGAGGACGGCACACAGCCUGCGUCCGUUCUCGACCGCACACCAACAGAGGUUUCACAAGUAUGGGUGACAACACGAGUUGCAGGUUCACCCACCAUAAAUUUGCGUACAGGAACCGGAGAGGGCAAGUUCUUGUCGUGCGAUAAGCAUGGCCUAGUCUCUGCCGAUCGAGAGGCAAGAGGUCCGCAGGAAGAGUGGACACCUGUUGUCUUUCCGGAUGGUAUGGUGGCCUUCCAGAAUGUCUACGAGAAAUAUCUCAGCGUAGAUGAAGUCGCUGGCGGCGCCAUUGCCCUGCGUGGAGAUAGUGAGGAAGUCGGCUUUCGAGAACGGUUUUGGGUCAAGAUUCAGAACAAGUACAAGAAGGAGGCGCAUGACGAAGAGAGGAAACGGAAGGAAGGCAUGUCGACGGAUGCAAAUAUUGAUGAGGCGUCCACCAACAAACUAUACCAAGCAUGGGGAGCAGGGCGUACCAUCGUUUCAGCAGAAGAUAAAAAGGCGUUGAAGAAGGCAAAGAAAGAAGGCCACCUCGCAGAGGCAUUAUUGGAUCGUCGUGCAAAAUUGAAAAGUGACCGAUUCUGCUGACUGGAGUCUCUGGUGAUAUCAGGGCAGUCGACGCCUGGACCUGUCAUCGCAGUGCAGACCGCAACAGAUCUAGGUAGACUUAUGAGCGAAGCUUAUGCCUUUUCUGUCUAGCUAAUCUUGUUCCUCCCUGUAUAGACUUGACGGUCGUUGGAUCCUUUAGGUUGUGUGUCUAUAUCUCAGGCUCGAUGCCUAGGAAUUGUAUACUGUAUUUGUAUCGAUAUCGGACAUAAUUGUACUAUCCUUACCGGUGCUACUCUAUUUUUCUACGUCUUUUCACACAUGUUCAUCGAACG